AUGAAGAUGCACCACUACCUCCGACAGUGGGGUCUCGACGUACCGCGGCAUCACGCAUUCGUCCUGAAAACGAUCCGGCAGGCGAUUCGUUUCGCGUACACAUCCGCGUGCAACAAAGCUACACACAAGCUCGCCCGAACACACGCUGCGCGUAUUGACUUGCAGGAGCGACAGGCGACAUGGCUCGGGUUGCAUGCAUUCCACACCGUGUUUGCGCGCAAGCCCCAAGCGUACACGCGGUUGCUGAAGGCGCUGAGUUUCGAGCUUUCUCUCCCGCGCUACCGCUGCCUGCGAAAGCGCUUCCGGGGAGUCGUCACUGAGGGGUUGUUUACGCUGACUUUACUAUGCUUUUGA